AUGGAUUUCUUACUUCCACACCUUAACACUGCCAUAGCUGGAAUCUUUGCUGCACUUUUUGUUCUAUUUUUCUUGCUUUGGAGGUCUAAAACUGUUAAGACUACAGUCAGUAAAAGGUUAGCACCUGAAGCUGGUGGUGCAUGGCCCAUAGUUGGUCACCUUCACCUCUUUGGAGGGUAUCAGGUUCCACACAUAACCUUGGGAGCCAUGCCUGACCAGUACGGUCCGGUCUUCACCAUCCAGCUCGGGGUACACCGAGCCUUGGUUGUGAGUAGUUGGGAGUUGUUCACUACCCACGAUUUGGCCAUAUCAUCGCGUCCCAACUUUGUGGUAUCUAAACACUUGGGUUACAACUCUGCAAUGUUUGGGUUCUCUCCUUAUGGUGAAUAUUGGCGUCAAUUGAGCAAAAUAACCUCCCUGGAACUACUUUCAAAUCGACGGCUUGAACUGCUCAAGCAUAUUCGUAUCUCUGAAACGGAGACCUCCAUGAAAGAACUUUACAAGCUUUGGGCAGAGAAGAAAGACAGGUCAGGCCAUGUAUUGGUGGAGAUGAAGCAGUGGUUUGGGGACUUGACUCUCAACGUUGUUCUUAGAAUGGUUGCUGGAAAGAGAUACUAUGGUACAACUUCCGCCAAAGACGACAAGGCGGCAAUGCGGUGCCAGAAGGUGAUGAGGGAUUUCUUUAAUUAUAUUGGUCUCUUUGCCGUGGCUGACAACCUUCCUUUCCUGGGGUGGUUGGAUUUGGGUGGAUAUGAGAAGGCCAUGAAAGAAACUGGAAAAGAGAUGGACGACAUUUUCGAAGAAUGGUUGCAGGAGCAUCGUCGAAAGAGAGAUGUAGGGAACGCUAGCAGCGAACAAGACUUCAUCGACGUGAUGCUGUCGAUUACAGAAGAGGCAGAACUUGCUGGUUUCGAUGCUGAUACAAUAACCAAAGCCACGUGUAUG